AUGCCUCCCUAUUCGUAUCAUUUGAAAUUCGAGCUUUAUUCGACGCCUGAUCCGGCGGCGGGCCGGAACGACGACGGUGACUCUAUCGGACACGAUAUCUGGGUUGCCUUGCCCGGAUCGAACAUAUUUGCCGAUCUACCUUCCCACCCACGCAGCCAACAACAAUCUUCACCUCCGCGACACUCGUCUCGCGACAUCAGCCGCGCUAGCGAGCGAGCUCGUAAUUCGGUUGUAAUCGACUGCGGGGCACAACGAGCCACUUCCCAGGUCGGCGCCGAUAGCGACCGCAACGUCGUCUUCCUCAGCGAGCGUCAGUGGCGAGCGCGCUCUAGCAGUUCCCCGCCCCCGAAAUUCUCUGCUGGUAUCGGGCCGCGUACGGCAGCUAAGGACUGGCGUUUCGGCCUGGUCAACAUUGAGAGCUUUGACCUUUCCAAAGAGCAACGCGGUGGCAGCAGCGGCGAAAUAUCGAGCACAGGAGAGCCGGAAUCAAGUAAGGCAGGGAAGAUGGCUAUCGGAGGUGACGAUAGCGGCGGCGCACAUGCUGCCGCACCAGCCGCCUCCCUGGGCCCCAACCUCGGAGGCAUGGGGCUGGCGACCAAUGGUAGAUACCUGCCUCUAGAGACAAAGAACACCGAAGCUGGAUGGGGAAUUGUCCAUCUUUACAGAGAAGGUGACGAGUCCAGUAUCCCACGUGCUGCACUGCCGAGUGCACAUGUUGCUGGGGAGGGAGAGGGCAGCGCGAGUGGGAGCGGCGGCGGCAGCGGAGUCGAAGGCGGGAACUCAGAUGACGAUGACAGCACUAUUCUCUGCAUUCCUGCGGUUCCCAGCUACCUCUCGGCCAGCGACUUCCUUGGCUUCGUCGGCGAGAAGUGGAGGGGGGACGUGAGUCAUUACAGGAUGGUCAUGACAAGCAAACUGAGCCGGUACAUGGUCCUCAUGAAAUUCCGGGACCACUGGAAAGCCAGCCAGUGGCGUGAGGAGUUUGAUGGGAAGCCCUUUGACAGUAUAGAGACCGAAAUCUGCCAUGUGACGUACAUCAAGUCAAUCACAUUCGAAACGCCAGACCAGACAAGUGCAGGGAAGAGGAAAGGCUCCGAAGCUACCGUGGACGCUUACUCCCCUACUUCUCCCGGGGUUGUCAACUCCCUAAAACCCUUUCCCCCCCCGACACCGAGUCUCAUAGAGCUCCCCACCUGCCCUGUGUGUCUAGAACGGAUGGACAACACGGCCGGCUUGAUGACCAUUCUCUGCCAACAUGUUUUUCACUGCACAUGCCUACAGACGUGGAAAGGGUCUGGCUGCCCCGUAUGCCGGGCGACUAACCCAGCGCCCAGCCAGGAUGUCUACAACCCAGAGAAUCCCUACUCGCAGCCUUUUGGCUCCGGUGUGUCCAAUAUAUGCAGUGUGUGCGAUUCGACGUCGGACCUGUGGAUCUGCCUAAUUUGUGGCAACGUUGGCUGUGGACGGUACAAGGGCGGUCAUGCCAAAGAUCACUGGAAGGAAACGGCACAUAGCUUCAGCCUGGAGCUCGAGACACAGCACGUGUGGGACUACGCCGGCGACAUGUGGGUGCAUCGACUAAUCCGUGAUAAGGGCGACGGCAAGGUAGUAGAGCUCCCGAGCAGUAAUAAUAGCGCAUCAACCCGUUGGCGGGCGGCUGGCACGGGGCCUGAAGAGGAUGGCGAUGGAGACGUGGUGCCUCGCGCCAAGCUUGACCGAAUUGGCAUGGAGUACACGCAUCUGCUGACGAGCCAGCUCGAAAGUCAGCGGAUUUAUUUUGAGGAAAUGGUCAACAAGGCGGCUGACAAGGCAGCCAAGGCCUCGGCAGCAGCCGAAGCGGCGUCGACAAAGGCACACGAGGCGCUCGACGGGCUGGCAGCUUUAAAGGAAGAACACAGGGUCCUCAAAGAAGAAACAGUGCCGUCGCUAGAGCGUGAGCUCACGCGCGAGCGGAACCGAGCGAACAAGUCAACUGAGCUUGCGCGCAACCUGAGUAAGUCUCUUCAAGAGGAGAAGCAGGUCAGUGGGGGUUUAAUGAAACGUAUCGAGCACCUCAAUAAGGAGGCCGAGAAUGUCAACAAGGCGCUUGCAGAGCUGCGAACUGAAAACGAGGAGAUGAAGGAGACAAACAGAGACCUCACCAUGUUCAUCAGCGGGCAGGAGAAACUGCGAGAGCUUGAGAAAGAAGGCAAGAUAACGCAGAACGAGGUUGAAGGAGGUUCUGCAAGUUUGCCGGAAGAGAAGAAAAAGGGGAAGGGGAAGGGAAAAGGCAAGAAAUGA